AUGAUGCCCAUUCACCAGUCCAUCGAGGGCCAGCCUCCUCACAUGGGCCCUGGACUAAGCCCUCCUGCCGCCACUGCCGGCGAGAAUGGUGAGCGCCAGCAGAAACCCAAGACCCUGCCCUGCAAGUACUGCAGCAAGCGUUUUAGGCGUGUGGAGCAUGUUCAAAGGCACGAGCGCACUCACACCAAGGAGAAACCCUUCUCCUGCGGUUGGGCUCGUUGCGGGAAGACAUUCGGACGCCGUGAAGUCAACCCCAUGCAACCUAUGAUGGCGGACAUGGGUCAAUCUCAGUCUGCUCACGCACGGAUCAAGUCCUACGACGAGCAGAUGGGCUAUUCUGAGCGAGCGCGCGAGGACCAGCCGGCUUUAGCACCUGGGUUCGCGUCACAAGCUGCCCCUUCCUCAUAUGACGACUACCACCUGUUUCUCGAUGACUUUGCCGGAUCUUCCCAUUUUCUUCCGCCUGCAUUCGAGCCUGACCAGCAAAUGGGUGGCAUGUGGCCAAGACAAGCUGGUGACAUGCACCAGCGCGGCUUGUCAAAGCCGACAUCUCAGUUCCCCUCUCGCUUUCCAUCAGUUCAGCCAGACGGAAUAUCAGGCAUGGACGGGCAGGCACGAGGUGGCGAUGAGCCGAUGAGAGCACCUUCUCUGCGAAUAUCCGCAGUGGACCACAACGUAAUCAAGAACCGGUUGGAUGAGUUUUCCUCUGUGCUUCCCGCAGAUUUCAUCUUCCCUUCACGCCACACCCUGACUAGAUUUCUCGAAGGCUACAUCAGUGGAUUCCACGAGUAUUUGCCCUUCCUACACUUGCCUUCUCUGGCCCCGGCCGAAAUCGCGCCCGAGCUGCUGCUGGCGAUAUUAGCUGUCGGCGCGCAGUAUCGUUUUGAAAGCCAUCGAGGCCACGCAUUGUGGUAUGCCGCAAAGGCUGUUGCGCUCGAACAAAUCCGAAGGCGACACAGCCACGAGGUGCAUGCCCUCCUGCCUACGCCAGCUGCGUACAGUCCCCAUUCGACCAGACCAUCGCCAAGCACUGGCUUCCGACACACCUUUGCCUCGGCACAACAGGAAAGGCCCAUGACGCAAGAUACUCACCGUGAGCCUUUUUCACCCAACACCCCGCAAGCACGGCUCGAAACCAUCCAGGCUGUUCUGCUGCUCUUUGCCGUGGGCCUGUGGGGUGCGAGCGCAAUCUUGCACGAGGCACUUUCACUGCAAAGCCAUCUCGCAAUCUUAGUCCGCGAGGAGGGCCUGACGGCGGAGUCGAGUCCAGGCGCAGCUCCUGACUGGGAGACCUGGGUCCGAUUAGAGGGCGCUUCGCGCACAAAACUGAUCGCCUACUGCUUCUUCAACCUGUGCAGCAUAGCGUACAACAUGCCGCCACUGCUGUUGACUUCGGACCUCAGUCUUUUCUUGCCCUACCCGUCCCUGGGGAACUUUGAGUGCGCCGUCCUGCUCUCGAAAUGGCUUUUGACACUCUCGUCGAUUGGGCCAAAUGACCAGCCAGUGUCCACGGAUGAAAAGAACUUUCUUGAAAUGAUCCGGCGCAUGCUCGACGAAACCGAAUUCGCCGUGCCGAUUGAUCCUUCAUUGGGCGGCCCUGCGGCCAACCCGCCAUCGAACAUGGAGGCUUUGGCUGGGGAUAGCACAAGACUGAGGCAGCUUGCUGCGGCAGUCAUCCGCCUCUGGGCUGAGACAUUUAAGGGCACGCACAUUUUCGAUCUGGUGCGGGUGAUGGGGUCUAGUCUGGAUGGCUACGCAAGUCUGGUUGAAAAGCCAAACGAUCGGGCACCUAUGGGACGGAUUGCUGCUGAAGCUGGCCUCGGCUGA